GAAUCGGAGACCAAGGCAUUCAUGGCCGUCUGCAUUGAAACCGCCAAGCGCUACAGCCUGGACGACUACCGGACCCCCGUCUUUAUCUUCGAGAGACUCUGCAGCAUCAUCUACCCGGAGGAGAACGAAGUGACGGAGUUCUUCGUCACCCUGGAGAAGGACCCCCAGCAAGAGGAUUUCCUGCAGGGCCGGAUGCCCGGGAACCCUUACAGCAGCAACGAGCCGGGCAUCGGGCCGCUGAUGAGGGACAUCAAGAACAAGAUCUGCCAGGAUUGCGACUUGGUGGCUCUGUUGGAAGACGACAGCGGCAUGGAGCUUCUGGUGAACAACAAGAUCAUCAGCUUGGACCUCCCAGUUGCUGAAGUGUACAAGAAAGUCUGGUGUCCGACUAACGAGGGCGAGCCCAUGAGGAUAAUUUAUCGCAUGCGCGGCCUGCUGGGGGACGCCACGGAAGAAUUCAUAGAGUCUCUGGAUUCCACCACAGAUGAAGAGGAGGAUGAGGAAGAGGUGUACAAGAUGGCGGGAGUCAUGGCGCAGUGCGGCGGCCUAGGCUGCAUGCUGAACCGCUUGACCGGGAUCAAAGACUUCAAACAAGGCCGGCAUCUGCUGACGGUCCUGCUGAAACUCUUCAGCUACUGCGUCAAAGUGAAGGUCAACCGUCAGCAGCUGGUGAAGCUGGAGAUGAACACCCUCAACGUCAUGCUGGGCACGCUGAACUUGGCUCUGGUGGCCGAGCAGGAAAGCAAGGACAGCGGGGGAGCGGCGGUGGCAGAACAGGUCCUCAGCAUCAUGGAGAUUAUCCUGGACGAGUCCAAUGCAGAGCCACUGAGUGAGGACAAGGGCAACCUGCUCCUGACAGGCGACAAGGACCAGCUGGUGAUGCUGCUGGAUCAGAUCAACAGCACGUUUGUCCGCUCCAAUCCCAGCGUGCUCCAGGGCCUCCUGCGCAUCAUCCCUUACCUGUCCUUCGGGGAGACGGAGAAGAUGGAGAUCCUGGUGGACCGAUUCAAGCCCUACUGCAGCUUCGACAAGUACGACGAGGAACACAGUGGGGACGACAAGGUCUUCCUGGAUUGCUUCUGCAAAAUCGCCGCCGGCAUCAAGAACAACAGCAACGGGCACCUGCUGAAGGACCUCAUCCUGCAGAGAGGGAUCACCCAGGGCGCCUUGGACUACAUGAAGAAGCAUAUCCCCAGCGCCAAGAAUUUGGACGCCGAUGUGUGGAAGAAAUUUCUGUCUCGACCGGCCCUCCCGUUUAUCCUGCGGCUACUCCGAGGACUCGCCACUCAGCAUCCAGCUAGCCAGGCGCUGAUUGGGACCGAUUCGAUCUCCAACUUGCACAAGCUGGAGCAGGUCUCCAGCGACGAAGGCAUCGGGACGCUGGCCGAGAACCUCCUGGAAGCCCUCCGGGAACACCCGGACGUGAACAAGAAGAUCGACGCGGCCCGCCGGGAGACGCGGGCGGAGAAGAAGCGGAUGGCUAUGGCCAUGCGGCAGAAGGCCCUGGGCACCCUCGGCAUGACGACGAACGAGAAGGGACAGGUGGUGACGAAGACAGCGCUGCUGAAGCAGAUGGAGGAGCUGAUCGAAGAACCCGGCCUGACGUGCUGCAUCUGCCGGGAAGGCUACAAGUUCCAGCCCACCAAAGUCCUGGGCAUUUACACCUUCACCAAGCGGGUGGCCCUGGAGGAGUUUGAGAACAAGCCUCGGAAGCAGCAGGGCUACAGCACCGUCUCCCACUUCAACAUCGUCCACUACGACUGCCACUUGGCAGCGGUCAGGUUGGCACGGGGCCGCGAGGAGUGGGAGAGCGCCGCCUUGCAGAAUGCCAACACUAAAUGCAACGGCCUCCUGCCAGUCUGGGGGCCGCACGUCCCAGAAUCUGCCUUCGCCACCUGCUUGGCAAGGCACAACACUUACCUCCAGGAGUGUACGGGGCAGCGGGAGCCCACCUACCAGCUCAACGUCCACGACACCAAGCUGCUCUUCCUCCGGUUUGCCACGGAGCAGUCGUUCAGCGUGGACACAGGCGGCGGUGGCCGGGAAAGCAACAUCCACCUGAUCCCCUACAUCAUUCACACAGUGCUUUACGUCCUCAACACGACGCGGGCGACCUCCCGAGAAGAGAAGAAUCUGCAGAGCUUCCUGGAGCAGCCGAAGGAGAAGUGGGUGGAGGGGGCCUUUGAGGUGGACGGGCCCCAUUACUACACCGUCCUGGCGCUCCACAUCCUGCCCCCCGAGCGGUGGAAAGCGAUGCACAUCGACAUCCUGAAGCGUUUGCUGGUCAUCUCCCACGCCCGGACGGUGUCCCCGGCGGGAGCAAGCAAGCUAACGGACAGAGCCGUGAAGGACUACGCUGCCUAUCGCUCCAGCCUCCUGUUCUGGGCCCUCGUUGAUCUCAUUUACAACAUGUUCAGA